AAGGUCUAAAUUGGCAGAUAUGAUUACUCGUAUUCGGGGCCUUGAGAAUUGAGACAUCAUAUCCAGUAUAGAUGGGAUUAAUUGCGAUGAACUGGAUUAGGUGGAAGAUGUUUUGGAAUAACUAAUGCUUGUGAUUGGGGAGAGAUUAGAAGAAGGAAGAUAAAGACACCAAAAGCCUACCUAUUGCUUAAUGACUUCAGAUUACAAGCUCACACUUGCAACCAAGCUUGAAAACGUAUGCUUGAGAACUACUCAAUACUUGGUAAAACAAAGGCCGUGGCUUGAUCUUUAUGGGGUCCAUAUUAGACCUGUCACCCCUUUCGGCAAUGCAAUUCACAAGCCUUCCAUCGAUACUGCACUUAUACACCGUUGCUUGCCCGAUGAGCUCUUUUUUGAGAUCUUUUCAAGAAUGAACCCGUAUACCUUGGGUAAGGCUGCUUGUGUUUGUCGGAAGUGGCGUUACACAAUUCGUAACCCCAUCUUUUGGCGCAAUGCUUGCUUGAAGGCAUGGCAGAUCACUGGGGUGGAAGAAAAUUACAUGAUUCUCCAGCUAAAGUUCCAUGGCUCGUGGAGGAGAAUGUGGCUUUUGAGACCACGGCUACGCACAGAUGGUAGCUGCCCCCAAAGCCCAAGCCAGGCUUUAAUCUUAUGCCAAAUCUGCAUCGUGAUAGCAUCUAAUGAAAAGGAACAUCACGCUCUUGCACAACGUGUGGAUGCUCUUUUUGAACCACGGGGGUUUAAUCCGCCUCCGCCCGGGGGUGUGUUUGGUACGCCGCAUGCAGGCCCUUGGCGUCCCCCUCCCGGGUUUCCGCCUCCUGAAGGUAUGCAUGACGCUUUUCCUCCGAAGGUUCGUUUUGACGCCCCAAAAUUUAAUGGUUCGGAUCCGGCGGGAUGGGUGUUUAAGAUCCAAUCCUACUUUGAUUACUUUCGUACCUCGGAUGAUGUUCGUUUACGGCUGGUCGGUCUUCUCUUUGAGAGCCCGGCGUCCGAUUGGUUUCUUUAUCAGCACAACAACAACUGUCUUACUUCGUGGGCGGCUUUUCUCGAGGCUGUCAAGCAGCGGUUCGAUCCUUCCCAUUAUGAGGAUUAUAUGGGGCUUUUGUGCAAAUUGCAACAGCGUACGUCCAUCAUCGAGUACCAGGCUGAUUUUGAACGCCUCUUGAAUAAGAUUACCGGUCUUCCCGAGGCGACGUUGCUCUCCAUUUAUGUGGCCGGGUUGAAGCAGCCCACGCGGCGGGAGGUAUUGUUGCGACGGCCAGUCACUCUGGGACAAACUUUUGCUCUAGCCCGUGAGCUCGCGGCUAAUUAUAGUGAUACCUUGGCAGCAUUAUCCAUACCAUCUAAACGGGCAUGGACUUCCGCCGGGACAUCAGCCACAGGUCUGCCAGUCACCAAGACCGGCGAUCACACACCUAAGCCCGGUGUGGGGGCGGCUUCCACAGCACCAUCUUCCUUGUCUAUUCGUCGUUUUUCAGCAGCAGAGCGCGCGGACAGAACGGCAAAGGGCUUAUGUUGGAAUUGUGACGAGAAAUAUGUGCCGGGCCACAAAUGUCAGCAUCGAUUCCUCUCCUUGUUGGACACAGAGGAACCCGACUCCGAAAACCCUCCGGCAGGGGAUGAUGAUUUGUUCCUCUUGAGCGGGGAUGUGUCCAGCAUUAACACCCUCACGGGUUCGCAGAACCCACGUGCUCUGAAGGUGAUGGGUACCGUUCACAAACACCCGGUGCAGAUAUUAAUCGACGGCGGCAGUACCCAUAAUUUCGUCCAACCCUCCGUCGUCGAGCGGCUGUCCUUGCAUACAACUCCAGUGUCCCCGUUCUGCGUCUACGUGGGUAAUGGUGAGUCUUUGGCCUGCCAUCACAAAUGCGAGAAAGUGGUGUUGGAUAUUCAAGGCUUCUCUUUUCCCGUGGAUUUGUUUGUGCUCCGCAUUCAAGGGCCGGAUAUGGUCUUGGGUAUUCAAUGGUUACAGGAAUUGGGAAAGAUUGGCCAUGGUUACAGUGCACUGACCAUGGAAUUUCGUGUGGGAGAUCGGCUGGUUACAUUCCGCGGUGAUAGCCCGGCCACCCGGCGCAUCACCUACAAUGCCAUGCACAUGUUAACCCAGUCUGGCAGUCUCGCAGAGGGUUACGAAAUCCAACUGUUUGCAGCUUCAUCGGAGGGGGAAUUGAUCGAGCCUGGGGAGUUUCCAACAGAGCUUCCACCAGACAUUCGGGCUAUCCUGGAGACUCAUCGUCUCGUCUUCCAGCCCCCUACGGAGAUCAUUCGCCACCUCAAGCUCAAUUUGAGAAUUAUGCAGCAGCAAAUGGCCACUACUGCGAACAGCCGGCGCCGACAUGUGGAAUUUCAGGUAGGAGACCAGGUGUUACUCCGUUUGCAGCCCCAUCGCCAGUUUUCUGUCGCCAAACCCAGUUCGGCCAAAUUGGCGCAGCGGUAUUAUGGACCGUUCACGGUUCGGGCUCGGGUUGGCGCCGUGGCGUACCAGCUACAAUUGCCCGAGGGCGCCAAGAUCCAUGACGUUUUUCAUGUGUCCCUAUUGCGUCCCUUCAUUCCUGAAAGUUCUGGCCCGGUUAUUUCUACUUUUCCAUCCGAGUUUCGAGAAGGUGCACCACUGUCCGUACCUGUGCGUGCGGUGGGGGAGCGAUCAGUUAUGGUUCGCGGUACAUUACAAGAUCAAUGGCUCGUGGUAUGGUCCGAUGGGACCCUCGCGGACGCUACAUGGGAGCCGGUGGACAUGCUAAAGGCGCGGUAUCCGGAAUUGGUCCUUGAGGACAAGGACGUUUUGGUCGGCGGGGCAGAUGAUACGGGCCAUGCGGAAGCCCACGGGUCGGACCAACCUGACACGAGGGUGGAUUGUGCAUGAUCAAUAAGAUGUGGUAGUAGGGAGCUCAUGCGGUUGGCUAGGAUCCUAAUAAUGGCCUUAUAGAUUACAUCAUAGCACGAGAUAGGCCUAGAGUAUUGCACCGUCCGAUCAUGACUAUAGUCAAAGCAAUAACAGAAUGGUUAAGUU